AAAUACUACUCUAGUAUUUUGGUCUCCUCUCGUCUUCGUAUUCUGUUCUCUCCCUCUCUCUCUUCGGUUCCUGUCAGAGACACUACCAUACAUCAAGAGAGAGAGAGAGAUGAUCUGAUCUGGAAUUUCCUAAAACAUUGGUGAUGUUAGGGUUUUACUGUGGGAAGGUCUGGACUAGGAUUCUGCUGUAAGAUCUGAUCAGGAUUUCCCUAAACCAGUUAGUUAAGAAUGGGGAUUGUGUUUACUCGAUUGUUCUCUUCGAUGUUCGGUAAUAGAGAAGCUCGGAUCCUCGUUCUCGGUCUCGACAAUGCGGGAAAAACCACAAUUCUCUAUCGUCUUCAAAUGGGAGAAGUUGUCUCCACAAUCCCAACAAUUGGGUUUAAUGUCGAAACAGUGCAAUAUAACAACAUAAAGUUUCAAGUUUGGGAUCUGGGUGGGCAGACAAGUAUCAGGCCAUAUUGGAGAUGCUAUUUUCCUAAUACUCAAGCCAUAAUCUAUGUUGUCGAUUCAAGUGACACGGAUAGGCUGGUAAUAGCUAAAGAUGAGUUUCAUGCAAUCCUGGAGGAAGAAGAGUUGAAAGGUGCUGUUGUGCUCAUUUAUGCGAACAAGCAGGAUCUUCCUGGUGCUCUUGAUGAUGCUGCGGUGACGGAGGCACUAGAGUUGCACAAGAUAAAAAACCGCCAAUGGUCUAUUUUUAAAACUUCUGCAAUAAAAGGAGAAGGUUUAUUUGAGGGUUUAGACUGGUUGAGUAAUACACUAAAGUCUGGAGGCGGCUAAUGGUUUAGGAAGAAGAUACAGAAGCCAAGGUGCUCCAUAGGAAAGUCAGAGCUAAGAGGAGAGUCGCCCUUUUACUCGGUGUGAUCCAAGAUAGAGUUUUUAAAAUGGUUGUAGUAUGUCUGUUUUUUCUUACUGAUUUUGGUUAUACGCGUUAAGUUUCUUUUGGACAUGAUUUUUGGCUCGUUACACUGUGUACCCCAUUUUCUCCUUUUAUGCUCUUCAGGUUAUCCGAAUGUUGAAAUUUACAUACGGUAGCAUUUCAUUUUUCUUCUUUGGGUUAUGCUUAGAACCUGCCUAUGGGAGGGCCACAUUGGACCCACCCGGCAACUUGUAUUUAUAUUUCUCUGUCUUUUGUUCCUAGAGAUGAUAGUUUAACUUGGUGUUUGGUUUGCUGGACCAAUUUUGGAAAAAAGUUAAUCUUUGGCC